GUAACAGGAAGCUUGUAAACCAAUUUGUUUUGCACCUUUUUAAGUUCUUGUUCAAUUGAAAAUCGUUACUUUGUCUCGCAGGCAGUGACGACGGACUUUUAGAACGAAACUGCUCUCCAGCUGAAAUGGACUUAGCCAACAGUCUGCACUUCACUCCAGUUAAGGGCAAACCACUGAGUCCCUUUAUUUCCAAGCUAAAACUGCUCGUCAGCGAAGAAAAAUACCGAAAAGCCAUCCGUUGGUCAGAAAGUGGCGGCGCAAUUCUCAUUUCUGACGGCGAAGCCUUCAAACGUCAAGUUCUAGACGAAAGCGCAGAAAUGUUCAAAACCAGGAACUUCACAAGCUUCGUGAGGCAACUUAACCUGUACGGCUUCCGAAAGGUUCCAGUGAACGGAAAGGGCGACCCUUCAAAAAACAUGGAAUUUGAGCACGUCCAUUUUAAACGUGAUAAGCCAGAACUUAUGCAUUUGGUUAAACGAACCUGCCCCUCCAGGAAAAAUAAACGAGCCACCAAAGGAACUCUUACCACCUUCAAAAGAGGAAGCCCUUCACAAGGCCCGGAACCGCGGUAUCGAAAAUUCAAAUCUGCUGAAGGUGACGAGGAAAGCGUGAAUCUAGGAAACUUGGGGAGAAACGACAACAGUUUCUACAGCGAGAGCCCAAAUUCAUCACCGCACAGAGACACAGAAGGUGAAGAACUUUCGGCCGAAUUCAGCCACUCCAGCAAUUCUCCGUUUGAGGCAGCACAGGCCAAUAUAGCCAAUUCCCUACAAGAAUAUUACUAUCAAAGAUUUCAGGAAGAACAGAUUGCCGUUCAGCUUCUUCUAAAUUUGCGUUACUCAUCGUCCUCACCUCAAAGCUGUGAAAAUUUCCAGCCGCAGCAAGCUGCUUACGAUCCAUCAUGCGCCGGGUAUCAUUCUAUGUACAUGUACCCAUCUUUGCCUUUUUACAGCCAGUACAGCUCCAUGUACUGAUUUAAAAACUACGUUGGAACUGAUACUUACUUUCAGAAUCACGAUUUGAAACAAAGUUUCCUGUACUGUGCUAAUUAUUUUCUGAUCGUUUAUAGUUUAAACGAGCUUUUUUAGUGAGCGCACACUUAUCGCUGAAUUCAGAUUACUUCGAAUGAUUGAAAUUUAUUUUUAUUUGCAAGAAAAGCAUUACCAUAUUGCUUGAGCUUUUCGUUUCUAACUU